CGGGCAAGAUGGACCAUUCAACGUGGACCAGCAGCACUGUUGAGGAGGACCACAGGAGAGCAGCGUUGUCUUCACAUCAUGGGAUCAGCCAUCAUUUCAAUCUGGCCAAGUUUAAAGACGCGCAACGUUCUCAGCCUGGAGGCGACGAGCUCGAGAAAGCGCUGCAGCAGCAGCAGUACACAGCCGCGUUGCAACCACCGCCACUCAUUGCAAGCCCCCUUAAGACGGAUCUGCUGAUUCAGCAGCGCUUACCAUCUGGAUGGAACACUGUCCCGUCUUUCGGCGGCCUGAUCAUGAGUGCCAGUGUGGGUCAGCCGGGGGGACGGAUGGCAGCUGCAGCGCACGACCCGUACGCGGCCGUGCCGCCGGGAACGUACACGAGUUCGCCGCCAUCUGCGUCCCGCUCCCUCACCUCCGAGCCGCCCGAGAGACAGGAGACAGGGAGAGAGGUGGAAGACAACAGUCGGGCCGCUGGCGGGUCAGAGAGGGUAUCAAUCCCUCGUCUGUCCAUCCACCGCAUUGAGGGGCAGCUCGAUGACAACACCACGCUCGGAGCCCUCCCCUUUCUGCCGGGAAGAGACAGCAGGCAUCGUGAGCAAAAUCCAGAGCCCCCAGACGCAGAUCUGCCAUCAGCUCCACCACGCGCCGACAACAGAAGCCACGACCCGACCAACACCCGUGGCUGCCUUCUACUGCAGCCCGUCCGUCACGUCCACCACAGCCGCAGACACGUUGGUGUAUCGGUGAGUGAUGGCGACCGACGUGAGUGCGAGGCGACGGCGGAUGAGGUGACCAUUGCGCAGCUGAGAAAGGAGCUGAAGGACUUGUCGCGGAAACGGCGGAUGCACCAGACUAGCCAGCAUGCCAAUGACACACCCAAAUUGCCUGUAAGGGGCAGCCGGAAGAGCAGUCCUGAUAGAAGAAAAGAUCUUGCACGACAUGUGUGUAUGUUAUGGCCAGACGAAGAGAAGUGAGGCCACCCCGUCGACGUUCAAUGAUGCCUUCCACGACUCUCAACUCACCGCGUCUGAGGUACAUACGUACGCAAGCAAGAGACCGCCAUUGCAUUGCCCUUCCUAUUCUGUCUGUCUGUCGGUCUGUCUGUCUCUCUCCACAGGUGGAUCAUUCCCAGCUGACGCGGCUUCGCCUCGAGCAGGAGAUUCACCAGAGAGACAGGCAGCUGCACACCCUGCUCGGUAAGUCCGCCCCCUGACCAACCAUACGCACUGUCGAUCGACUUGGCUUCCUGCCUGCCUGCCUGCGUGCAGAUUGGAAGGAGUCGGCGGCCGCGCACAUGAGAGAGCUGCAGGGGAGGCUUGAUAACAUGGCCGAGGAGAACGCCAUGCUCAAGGAGGAGCGGAUGCAUGCAAUCGCUACCGCACAGGUGCGCUUUGUCGGAAACGCCAUAGAUACUUUGCACACACCUGUGUAUACAGACAGACCGAUUCAGUGCUAACGAGUGUAUGUAUGCCAUCGAUUGCAAUGUUUCUGGCAGGAUGAGGUUGAGCGGAUGGCCUGGGAGCUUCAGCAGUCAACAUCGCACAAUGAAGAGCUCACAAGAAAGCAUGAGCGCCUGGAGAAGUCACUCGAGCGCUCUCAAGCCCUGCUCAGAGAGAAAGAGGCGCAACUGACGGCGACAAUGCUGCAUCUUCAACCCUCAUGCAAAGACGUAAGUAAGCUCCACAUCCACACGUCCCUCUCUAUCGCCUCUCGACCCAGCCCCAUUGCAUGUCAUGUCUCUGCCUGCAGGCUUCAGUUCAAUGCAGCCGAGUGUCGACUCCAUCCUCCCCCAGACCAUCUGUGGCGGCUCUCACUUCCCCCUUAUUUGCAACACUGAGGCCGCACUGCCCCUCACCAGCAGCGGCUUCACCAGCAGCAGUAUUCGCGGCGACACACAGCUUGCCGAUUGACGCUCGCCGCACCAUCAAGCCUGACAGGCUGCAGCAGAAAUCCUUGCGAAGGCGGCAGAUGACCCCGCGAGCCUCCCAAAUGGCGUCACUGCGUGCCUCAUGCCGCCUCAUGGAGCAGCAGCUGAGGGUACUGCUGGAUGAGCAGCAGAGACGCAACGCACAGCAUGGUGCGGCGGGGAAUGAGGAGGAUGUCCCGUCAGCAAGGUCCGCAGCAUCAAGCAAUGACAUGCCUCCCGAGCCCGUCACGCCGCCUGUCCCCAUUGUCCCCAUGCCCAUGCCCAUGACGGCCAAGGAGAAGACGAUGGACAGAGGGAGGCGUGUGUGCCGUGAGGACAUCCAUCUGCCGUCGAGGAUGCGGGCGUCCACCUUUGUGGUGUCUGAUGCCGACGUCCAGCCGCUGGCCAUGGUGCCGCGGCACACGACGGAGGAGACGACGUAUGUGGAGCCGGACUUACAGCAAUAUCAGCAUGAACCGACGAGUGGUGAUGACAGGAGACACGAUAUAAGAGCCUGCAGGAGACAGCCGCCGCCAUUUACUGGCCAGAUGGAGAGGCACACUCCAUCAGCCUGUCCUUCCAACACGAGUGCCGCCUCGCCCCUCGACCGCUACGAGGCACAACUGUGGCUGAAGCUGCAACGGCUCGACCACAAAUCACCAGCAAUAGCAACAGCAGCAACGACCCAUCACGGCAAACACGUCCAGGCACCUGUGCCGCGCUUUAUGACGAGAGAGAGGGAGAGAGACAAAGAGAGAGGGGGGCGGAGGGGGGCAGGGGUGGGAGUGAUGGAAGACAUGGACACGGGGCCGUCCUCAUACACCCACGCGUUCGAGCGGCGGCGCAUGACACGACAAGUGGCUGGGAGGCAAGUGGGCGGAUGGGACAAUGGUGGCACAUCUGUGUGUGGGGAGCCACUCGGCAGACUCAACCAACUGGUACGCAUAUAUGUUUGCCGAUCGUUGCAUGUGUCAGCUGCAGCGUUGAUUGAUGUUGUGUGUGGAUGUACAUGUGUGGUGUCAGGCGUGUGAGCAGCGCCUGAGGGUCACGACACUUGCAGACAAGCUCGCCAGCAUCAGACGGGCGCGAGAUGUGCGAUUGAGAGCGACACACAAUAAGUGACCCCACUUGUCGAGUCGACCACUACACCUCAUCCCUCUCAUGCGAUUGACUGUCAAAAAACAGCACACGCGACAUUGGCUGAAGGACGGCGACAGAGAAACACCCACCCCUUUUGACCAAAAGGGCCGGAUAAAAAGAGAUGCAGGCAGGCAGGCGGGAAGCUAGGCAUACAGAAAGGCACGCACGAGCACUGACGCGACACAUGGCUGCCUGUCUGCAUGGAAGUGUCCAUCUGUGUACUGUACGCAUGUGCGUAUCUCUCAUACGUCGACCUUUUCGCUGGCGUAUUCGUCUCCACUUCACCAUGCAGCCUGCCUGACCAGCUCGGCCUUUGCCGUGGCUCCGUCUUCAUCUCUGCAGCAACAAACAGACACAAACAUGUGUGUGUGUGACGUGACUCGUCUGCGUCUAUGUCGGGAUUGGUCUUGUUCCGUGAAGAUACAGCGCUUUCAGUAUCGCGUAGCAUCUUGACACGCACAAUAUCAUUGGGAGGGUUUGGGAGUGUGUGUUGGCG